AUGGUUUCAUACGUCAAAGGUCCAGCUUACAAAGCAAUUUCACACUUCGGUAAAUUAAACGCACCAUUGGUAAGGUCUUACAUUCCAGACUUGGUCUUCUGGGGUGGUGCUGCAGGUUGUGCCGUUGCUGUUUUCACUGAAGGUGUUCCAUUGUUCCAACAAACUUUCUACGAGAAGAUCCCUUUUGUUGGUCAACACUGGAUUGAAGAACAAGACCCAGAAUCAAUUCCACAAUAA